CCCCGCAGUCCGGAACCGCGCGCUUGUAAGCUGAGGUCGCGGAGGAGAACCUCAGCACCUUGUCGGUCGCCCAUGGCCACCUCGCUGUUCGCCCAGGCCUGCGGCCCCUUCCGCAGAGCUCUCCAUCACUGGGACUGGCGACGGUUACACACCAUCUACCAGUCUGUGGAACUGCCUGAGACACACCAGAUGCUGCGUCAGACGUGCCGGGACUUUGCUGAGAAGGAGCUGGUUCCCAUUGCAGCCCAGGUGGACAAGAAACAUCUUUUUCCUGCUGCUCAGGUGAAGAAGAUGGGUGAGCUCGGGCUUCUGGCCAUGGAUGUGCCUGAGGAGCUCAGUGGUGCUGGCCUUGAUUACCUGGCCUAUUCCAUUGCCAUGGAGGAGAUCAGCCGGGGCUGUGCCUCCUCUGGGGUCAUCAUGAGUGUCAACAAUUCUCUCUACUUGGGGCCCAUCCUGAAGUUCGGCUCCAAGGAGCAGAAGCAGCAGUGGAUCACGCCUUUCACCAGCGGAGACAAAAUUGGCUGCUUUGCUCUCAGUGAACCAGGGAAUGGCAGUGAUGCGGGAGCCGCUUCCACCACUGCCCGGGCUGAGGGUGACACAUGGGUCCUGAAUGGCACCAAAGCCUGGAUCACCAAUUCCUGGGAGGCCUCGGCUGCUGUGGUCUUUGCCAGCACGGACAGAUCCCUGCAAAAUAAGGGCAUCAGUGCCUUCCUGGUCCCCAUGCCAACGCCCGGGCUCACACUGGGGAAGAAGGAAGACAAGCUGGGCAUCCGGGCCUCAUCCACAGCAAACCUCAUCUUUGAGGACUGUCGCAUACCCAAGGACAAUAUGCUGGGGGAGCUGGGGAUGGGCUUCAAGAUCGCCAUGCAAACCCUGGAUAUGGGCCGCAUUGGCAUUGCUUCCCAGGCACUGGGCAUCGCCCAGGCCGCCCUCGAUUGUGCUGUGCAUUAUGCUGAGAACCGUAUGGCCUUUGGGGCACCUCUCACCAAGCUCCAAGGCAUCCAGUUCAAGUUGGCAGACAUGGCCCUGGCCCUGGAGAGUGCCCGGUUGCUGACCUGGCGUGCUGCCAUGCUGAAGGACAACAAGAAGCCUUUCAUCAAGGAGGCAGCCAUGGCCAAGCUGGCGGCAUCGGAGGCUGCAACUGCCAUCAGCCACCAGGCCAUCCAGAUCCUGGGCGGCAUGGGCUACGUGACAGAGAUGCCAGCUGAGCGUCACUACCGCGAUGCCCGAAUCACUGAGAUCUAUGAAGGCACCAGUGAGAUCCAGAGGCUGGUGAUCGCCGGGCACCUGCUCAGGAGCUACCGGAGCUGAGCCUUCUGCAGGGCUGCCUGGGGCCACACUUCCUGAGGACUGUAGAGAGGGGCCAGGAGCCAUGUGGCCUUAGCUUUGACUGCUGGUCAGGGCUGGACAGCUUGCAGGGGCCAGGCAUCCUCACGCCAAGCCCCCUGGACUGGCUGGGGGGCUCCUGCAACCCCUCACCUCAGCCCACCCCAAGUUAGACUGUGGAGGGAAAGGGCUGGGGCCUGCAUCUGAGGGCGGAUCAUCUUCAGCUCCCUCUCUUGGCUCUGUUCUGCAAAGCUGCUUCAUUUUCAUCAGUGUGACCAUGGGGGGCUGAGUCACACUCUGGUAUGAAGACCUAGGUGUGACAGGUACAGGGCAGAGUUUGCUCUUCCCUGAGGACAGGUCAGGAGGAAGACCUGGAGAGUGAGUGACCAGGAUCCAGGUCCUAGGCAAGCUGUGGCUCUGGGCCAUGGAGCCCACAGGACUGUAAAGUAAGGUGCAUGCAGGCAAGUGGUCUGUUGCGUGAAGUGUGGAUAAUAAAGCAUGCCUGUCCCCUGCCUUG